AUGUCAGGUGACCAAAUAUGCGAUGCUGAGACUUGCAAUAAUCGUAUGCUCUCUGGUUUGAAUAAGUGUCUUGAACAUGUCUACCAGAUAACUCUGGACUGGCAUACUAAUGAGUGGAUGGGGAGCCUUCCGGCUCUAGAGGCAGCGAUGCAGAUUGCUGUGAGAAAACAAUGGACCUAUCCUCAUAACUACCAGGCUAUCCAGGAUCGUGUUCAAGAGAUUCGAGAUGGCGAGCGGCCGUCAUCGGACCUUGUUAUACUGGAUAAUGAGUUCUCGCCCUCCUCUCAGCAGCCUUUUGAGAUUGCAAUUAUUGAUCGUGUUUACGGCCGAAUAUUAAUUAACACUCUAGUGAAGCAUCCUGAAGGGUCCCGUAUAGCAAGCAAUCCAUACAGCUCAGCUUCAAAUGGGCUCCCAGGCGCUAUCAACCUAUGCAAUCCUGUGGAGAGUCGCGGGUCUGAGUGGCAGCCAGAGGAAAUGGCUACCGUUUCGCAGAGACAGACCUGGAUUUCUUCAGCUGGGAAAAGGAAUAAUGAGAAGCAAGAUGGAAUAGAUGGUGGAGGCGAAUCAAGUGGCCCCUCGACCGUGACUACGCAUACCGUUGCCAGGACCGAUGACGAAGGGAAUAUGCUUAUGGUGAUUUCGGGCGACGAGGCUGACAACGAGAACUAA